UCCAGGGAACCCUAGCUUGUCUCUGUAGAAUGUACUAGAACUUAUUAGCGGAAACACAACGCCAUACUACAUCAAAACGGGCCUCGUUUCAUUGUUAUAGACCAGUCUGAGCAAAGUGUCGCGUCCUUGCCAAAUAAAUUAACCCGCGCCUCCGUUUUUAGGGAUAUAGUAGAGACUUGACAGCGAGCACGUGCAAGACUAUGGGGAAAGAAGGCGAAAUCAUUCAGGACGACCAACCUGUUGCUCCUGCGGUGUACUGGGCCCAACGCGAUGACGUCCUCAUCCUCACCAUACAGGUAGAAGACAUUGACCGCGACAAAAACAGGAAGGUCACGCUCAACGAGAAAAGCCUUUCUUUCAGUGGAAAAGGAGGAGCGGAAAACAAGGACUAUCACUGUGACAUUAAAUUCUUUAAGGAAGUUAAUGUAGAGGACUCUAAAUACAAUGCAACAGCAAGAGGGCUGAAAUUUCUCAUCAAGAAGAAAGAAAAAGGGCCGUAUUGGACUAGACUAACAGAGGACAAAGUGAAGCUCCACUGGCUGCGGACAGACUUCAGCUACUGGAAAGACGAGGAUGACUCAGACGAUGAAGACCAGCAGAGAGAUGCCAACUUAGAAAAGUUAAUGGCACAGAUGGGAGAGAGUGGAGGAGGUUUAGGUGACGGAGAUGCACCAAGCAUGGAUGAUCUGGAUGAUGAGAAGGAUAGCGAUGAUGAAGAGUUGCCAGACUUGGAGUAGAAUCGAAAAGUUCGUUAUGCAAACCAGCAGAUUUCACAUUUCUUCCAACAGUUUAGCCCCCCUUCUAUGUCUAGCCAGUUAGUUUUACUCAACUCUUCUCUUGUCCAUAACUGUAAAAUACUUCGUAGCUCUCAGCUGCUUAUACAUCAUUGCAGUGUUCUCAUUAUACGUUUUAUAUCAUGAAAACCACAACUUUCACAACUUGCAUUUGUACAUAGACUCAAAGGACUUACCAUGGGGAAAGUGUACUUUUUGUAGAUCUAUUACAAAUUUUUAUUUUGAGUAUUAAGUUCCAAUGUCCAUAUAUAACUCUUAAUGUUACACUUGAUUGCGUUAUCUUUGUAUCCGAUGUUUCUUUCACAACUUUCUUGGCCAAUUUGCAUUUUUGUUGUGUUUAAAAGGCUUUCAGAUGAGAAGAAAAUGGUGGCUCUAAUCUUAUGUUGUUAUCGACUUAUCUUUAGAAAGAUUUAAUUCGGAAUGUGAUUGUGAGGAAAAUGGUGUAAAGCUAUUACAUAGAAUUGCACGAGUUACGCUACACUGCAUUUUCAUGUGGAAAGCCUGCACCCCCCAAAAAAAGUUAGGAAGCAGUCUUUAGUGGAAUGAACUUCAACAUGUAACAUUUACAUGCAUAAAGAAGUCAAACAUUCUUUUAGUGGUGCAUACCACCAAACAAUCUGAUGGAAUACAAGUCAACACAGAUUUAGAGCAGUGUUUGGAGUUAUCCCCUGUGCAAAAAGUGCUACGAACGUCUCUGUUAUGCAGUUAGCAACCAUGAAAUCCAUACCAUUCUAAGUGUUCUUUAUUAGAAAGUGUAGAGUAGGCAUAGCAUGGUUUAGAAUUCAGUAUAGCAGCUUUCCUCAUUUGGUACAUCUUAUUGUUGGAAUAAAAACCAACCUA